CCAGCCAGAAUAUAUCGAAUGCAACAAAGAAAACAUUCAUGAUAUUCUGAGAACAACGUUGGAGAAAAAUUACCCUGAUAAGGAGGAACCUGUUGUGAUUCUCAUUAAUAGAUAUGCUAAGAAUUUUAGCACUGUCUUUGCUGAUUUGAAAAGAAAGAUGAUGAGUGGAGAUCCUGAAAACCAAAGGAAUAUGAUCCAGUACUCUAUAUUUACAAGUGUGACAAGCGACCAGAGAAUGGAGCAAAGAGACACCCUUAAAAAAUACUUACAACAACCGAAGGGUGUUCUGGUCACUGACAUCGAUACAUUUGCCGGAAUGCAGGCAAGGAAUAUCAUUGUGUUCGAUACUGACACCUUUAUUUAUCCAAGAAGAAACAUGUUACUUAGAGCAACAACAUCACUGGUCUUGAUUAGGAAAAGGCCUGAAUCCGACAGCUCCGAGGAUAAAUCUGAGGACAACCUCAAUGAUAAUUAAAUAGACUCCAACUAACCCGAAAUAGAGUAAAUCUGGGGUUAUUAUAUGAGACGUCAAAAGUGAUUUAGAGAGCUAUGAAUACAAUCCAGUGAAUAAACUCAAGUAUAGAAUAAUGUUGUGACGUCAUAUCCCUGGGGUCAUUAAAAUGUACCUAGUUUUUAUAUUUCCACCAAUCAGAGCAAAUUUUAGAUCAUUAUCCCAAUUAGGUGUAUAGAAUUAUCCCAAUUAAAAAGUACCUAGUUCUUUCUUUCCACCAAUCAGAUUUCAUGCAAAGCAAUUAUAUCAACUAUCCCCUACUCCCCUUAGGACUAUUUAAAGGGUUCCCUGUACCCCCCUAGUCCAAUCAGAUUUCAUGAAAAGCAAUUAUAUUAAUUAUCCCCUACUCAUCCUAGGACUAUAUAAAGGGUUCCCUGUACCCCCCUAGUCCAAUUAGAUUUCAUGAAAAGCAAUUAUAUCAAUUAUCCACUACUCUCCCUAGGACUAUAUAAAGGGUUCCCUGUACCCCCCUAGUCCAGUCAGUGGUGAGAAAUUUUCCUCGAGAAUUGUCAUUUCGAGUGUGAGAUAUCCCCCAUCUAAGUUUUUAUUUAUUCAUUUUUCCCCUUUUUCCCCUAUUAAGUAAUUUUAAGGCUCUAUUUACGCUACUGUUAUAUUGUUGAUACUUUUUACCCAGGGGGGAUUUAUAUUCAUGUCUAUGUAUCUUUAGCUUAUAAGUUUUCGUUUAAAGUAUGAUAAUAAAUCUAGUUUAGAUUA